AUGUUGAAGCACGUAGCGAGCAAGUUUCUGGGACGUGGGCUUCGAUCCCCUGCGGCGCCGGCGGCGAGGAUGUACCACGAGAAGGUGGUGGAUCACUACGAGAACCCUAGGAACGUGGGGUCGUUCGACAAGGGCGACCCGAACGUCGGCACGGGCCUCGUCGGAGCUCCGGCUUGUGGCGACGUGAUGAAGCUGCAGAUCAGGGUUGACGAGGAGAGCGGGAAGAUCGUCGAUGCUUGUUUCAAGACCUUCGGGUGCGGUUCUGCUAUAGCCUCCUCCUCCGUUGCAACUGAAUGGGUGAAAGGUAAACAAAUGGAGGAAGUCCUGUCAAUCAAGAACACGGAAAUUGCCAAACAUCUCUCUCUUCCUCCCGUGAAACUCCAUUGCAGCAUGCUUGCUGAGGAUGCGAUAAAAGCGGCUGUCAAAGAUUACGAGAAAAAGCGUUCAAAGUUGAAUGAUGGACAGCCUCUGGAGAAAGCUGCUGGUGCAGGAUCUAUUUGA